AUGACCAGCCCGCCUAAUGAGCCCUCCAUUUUUGGUGAGGCUAAGAACGUUGCUGGUCCCAAUGGUCCUAAAUUUAAGGGCUUAGAUAGACAAUUGGUCUGUCCUUCCAAGCCGUGCUUUGUGCUUCCGUUCAGGGUUUUCUCUGUUAAUGCGACUUCGUGA